AUGCCAGCGUCGACAGUCCACCUCGUGGUCAUCCACCACGGCCUAUGGGGCACGCCGACCAACACCGAGUUCCUCGCCACCACCCUCGCCCAGUUCCACGGGGGCACCAUCUCGCCCGCGACCAAGCUGACCCCUCCUUCCUCCCCCUCCACGAUCGCCGCGCUUGCCGAUGGGCACCCGAACGCCAAGCGCGAUGACAUCCGUCUGGUGGUAUUGAACAGCGAGGUGAAUUCGGGGGACCACACGUACGACGGCGUGGACUGGUGUGGUGAGCGGCUCGUCAAGGACAUCUACCGCGAAGUCACCCGGAUCGAGGACGACGAAGAGGCUCUUGUAGGGAAGCUCAGUCUGAUCGGAUACAGCCUGGGUGGGUUGGUGAUACGCUAUGCCGCAGGACUUAUGUAUGCGGAUGGAUUCUUCGCAUCGAACGACAAGCCGAACGAGCCAAAAGCGAAGAAGGAUCUGCCGUUCAAAUCACGACCCAUCGCAGCGAGCCUUUCAACGAUAGCAACGCCGCACCUCGGCGUCACACUCACAGCAUCCACCUUCAGUGCGGUAGCCGCUUUCGUUGGAAGUCGCAACCUCGGCCGUUCUGGCAAGCAGCUCUACCUAGCAGAUCGAGGGUGGCACCCACCUUCCUCUAACGAAGACGACGAGGGUCUGUGUCUGGUGGAAGCGCUCUCCGAUCCGCGCUUCGUCUUUCUCGCGGCACUACGGCGGUUCGAGCGGCUCGACGUGUAUGCCAACGCUGUAGCCGAUCUCACGGUCAGCUAUCGCACCGCCGCCUUCGAGCCGCAUGACCCAUUCCUGCUUCCACCAGACCAGAUCGAGCUCGUUCGAAACGACACCCAUUCUGCUCUACUCGAUUCGUACGCCCUCAGCUCCACCACUCCAAAGCAAAAGACUCUGUGGAGGAAGGUGAGCGGCGCACUGUCGACCAAGAAUCUACCAUGGAUCCUCAACCCACAACGCUUCCCAUUUCGAUUUCCGCUCAACUACUUGGCGCUGGUGGCGCUGCCCGUGUUGUUGCCGGCGAUGGUCGGGUUGGUGCUGCACAAGCUGCGUAGCGAUUCCAAGGUUUCGAACAGGAGGGUGGAGGCGUACGAGAGGGUGUGGGGGGUGGAAAAUGGCCAUCUACCCGAGGAGCAGGAGGCGGAGAACAGUGCGAAUGGGGCGAAAGGCGUCAAACAGGCACGUAAGAAGGAUGGCAAGUCGAAGCCUGUUAAGCUGGACCAGGCGACGAGGGGGGCGCUGGAGCGAAAGAGGGUGUCCAACUUCCUUGCCGCGAUGGAGGCGGAAGCCGAAGAGACGCUCCGGGAGGUCGGGGAGGACUUUGUGCGGACCUCCUCCUCCUCACCCACCACAAGGGAAAUCGACACCACAACUACACAUUCGGACACAGACAAGUACCGCCUCAUCCCUAACACCCCCACCUUCUCGCAGACGCAAGACUGGCCAGUGAGCAAAGACGAACACCCCCUUCUCCCCACCCAACACCGCGUCAUCGCCAACCUCACCACCCUCCCGCAAACUAAGAAGCACCUCGCUCACUUUCCGGACGUGCUCAACAGUCAUGCCGUCAUCAUCGUCCGCACGCCCACCAUGGAUGCUCACAAGAAAGGCAUCCCGCUUAUCAAGGGCUUCGUCGCUCGGUUCGGCCUCUAG